UGCGAGUUCCGACUCUUAUAAAUAAAUCCGGAGAAAUCUCACUCUCAAAAUUUAUUAGCCAAAAAGGAAAAUAAACUGAGUGACAAAAUGGUGCUGCUCUGCUUCGUAUUGGAUUUGCGGAGCUUAUCGCCUCCAGUUCUUCGAGAUCUGAAGCAGUCAUUGUUGCAGCUUGCAAAUUACUACGCAGUUUCGAGUCCGAAGGUUGAUUAUUGUGUUGACGGAACUCAAUCGAAUUCGAAGCCUCUGCCUGACCGGAUUGGACUGUGCUAUAUCGUGCGGAACCGAAUUACUUGUUCCGAUGAGCUGAAGAUUGCAUAUAAUCCCCAAGGAAAGUUCAGCUUACGCGACCUUCAUCGUGCACUGAAUAAUUUGCCUCUUGAUACUUUUUGUCCUGAAUCUAAUGAUUCUGAAGGCAUAUGUAAGGACCUGAAGCUGGCAGAUGUUCUGAGUGAAAAAACUGUAUACACUUGGGGAGGCCAAGAUAAAACUGUUAAAAGAAAAGUGAUUUUGAUUAGUUCUUCUCUUGUUGGUGCCUUGGAUCCUGUAACAAUGAAGGCUCUGACAGAUGCAGCUGACAAGUGUGUUUUGGUAGAAUUCAUUUUGUUGGAGCAAACAUCAAGUCAACUAAGUAACAACAGUGAGAAUGUCAACCAAUUUGUUAAGCAGAUUGGUUCUCUAACAAACUGCUCAUUUCAGACCUGCGUACCAGGUCUACAGGUAUUGUAUGGUCUAGGAAAAAGAUGGUUUCAGGAAUUAAAGGAUGACAAAGAUGUACCACUACAAGCCCAUUUUAUCUUCAAGAGUAGUUUAAUGAGCAGCUGCAAUCAGAUAUCCUGCAACUUGUGUGUGUCUUUCAACCCCACAGUUGAUGAGUUCAAUUAUUGUCAGUGUAUUCUAUUUCUGCAGACAUGCAGAUGUCAUGGCAUUCCGUUGGAUCACUCAAGUGUGCAUCAGAGCAAGAAGUUUUAUUAUUGCCCCGUAACCCAUGAUAAUCUUGGAUCUUUAGAUAUAAAUGAGAACUCUGUCAGGGUUGGUGAACAAACAAUACUAUACAUGCCCUCUUUUUAUGACAGACCAAAGCUGAAGAAAGUUACAUCUAUUGAUUUUGAUGUCAUUCAGAGGACCAACUUAGGAUCACUAGAUGAAGGGUUAAUAAUGGGUGCUGCGUAUUAUGUUACUCCAACUUCUCUCAAUUCAGAUGAGAGUAACAACUCAGAGCUAAAUUGCCAACUCUUUCAAGUCGUGUGUAGAGUUCUAAAAUCCCUUGAUCAGGGUCUGGUUUGCUCUUCUACUUGUAACAUUGAAACUGCAACAGAUACUUCAUUCCGGUUCUUUUAUAUUCUUCUACCUUCGGACAAAGGGCUGAUGCUUCUGAGGAGGCUUUCAGCAUCAGAAGAGUUGUUGCCCAUGCUUGCUUAUAAUCACCUCACUAGCUCUUCUGUACUUGAAGAGAUGGAAAGCGCAGUCCGAGCCUCUUUGCUAAAGGUGGAAGUGAGCGACUACAAUCCAGUCCAACACGAGAGAGGUUUCCAUAAAAAGUUAAACAUGCUUGUUAAAGAGAGCCUACAAUUUGGGGCAAUACUUCCACAACGCAAGGAACAAAUCUCAACUUCAGACUUCAACGUGCAGAGCUCUGAGCUUCAACCAUCAAAGCCGGCAGCAGGCAACGUUGUUACAGGAGACGAACCACCAGAAUCCGAUACUAAACUAGGAGAAAACAGAAGCCGUCCAUCUCUAGCAGAAGAAUGGGAGCAACUUAUUGUCACUGAGCUUGGCAGCAUGCAUUCUCCAACAUGCAUUGCAAACACAAAGCUAGAUCAACCGGUCGUUGCAUCGCCAUCACAAAGUAGCAGGCAACUGGAUGAGAAAACUUCAAGAAUCCUCGAGCGACUGGAAGUCCCCAAGCAGCUAAAAAGGAAAGCAGCUUCGCCUACAAUCUCAUGCAGUUUUUCUGCUGAUGUUUGUGGGCCGGUAAAGAAGCCCCUGAUACCGUAUAGGACCACUGACAGCGAAGAUCAAGGCUCGGUAUUCACCCAACCAAUAAAGCCCAAUUUCCAGAGAUUAAAAAGGAAGAAGUAGCAAGAGAUGCCUGAUGCAUAGCCGAACAUGUUACCAGCUCUUAUUAUAAGGUAAUCUUCUCAUCCAUUUACUACAAAUGUCCGAGUAAAAAUAGACAAGUUUACUGUCUCAAAAAAAUAGUAAAAAAUGGACAAGUUUCAUUUGUUGUUUCAUAAAUUGAUAAAGGUUGCUAAAUAUACGAUGAUCAAUUGGAUCCCAUGUUUGUUUCAAAAA